GUGCCACAAGUGGAACUUUCGGCCACAACCAUCGCCAACGACAUCUACGACCUACUCACCCACAAGGCUCUUCCAGGCAACCUUUUUUCGUACUUCAAGUACAAGGGUGAGUCAAAGACCGACACCCUCCACUCAAUUGAGUGUACGCUCCGGGUGUUCAUGGCCCCUGUGGACUCAGAAACUAAUGUUCCCAGCACCCUCAACCAGUGGCUUUGGGUCAAAAUUAUCGACAAUUUGGUCGCGAAAAUGUAUCCUGAGUUAGUUGAAGAGACGCAAAUAUAAGCAACAACACCAUUUUUGCAAUGGAAUCAAUACACCUGCUAACGCGUGCGUUGAGCGAUAAGAACGUAUACAACUAUUUCACGACCCUCUGCCAGUUGCCGGUAGAGGAGACUUCAGAUCCCCAAAUCAUCAAACUCCUCAACACCCUCGAGCUCUUUGCAUUUGGAAACAUCCGCCACUACUGGCAAUACCGGGCCAACUUCAUCGAUUUGACCCGUGAGCAGGCAAUAAAACUUGUCAAGCUUAGCAUCUGGGAUGUGUUGAGCCAGGUGGCAGGAGGGACGAUUGCGAUGGAUACUAUCACCAAAGACCCUGGGUUGGUUGGAGCAUUGACACAAAUAGACGGCCACAAAGACGUGGAACUCGCGCUCGAAGUGCUUCUUCUUGAGAUGUGUGGCGAGAGUGUACGUACGGUAAUUGACGAGGUCAAUGGGACCAUCACCGUGGUGGAGGUGACCAAAUACCGUGAUGUCUACGAUUCUCGGCUCUAUGGGUUGAAAGUGCUCCAGCCGCAGGAUAUCAGGAGUUUGACAUAUCACAAGCAGCAGCUUGAACAGUGGCUUGGGACGAGCGUGUGGCAGGUCCAGGCGGAAUACGGGAAGGUGGUGGAGAAGAGUAAAAAACGUCGACAGCCAAGCGAAGUGUGAAGUGGACAAGUAGACAACGCUGAC